AAAUGAAAUGCACCUCUGGCCAUUUAGAAUAAGGGAUCAGCACAGCAAAACAGAAAACAAACUUGUUAUUUGCAAGACAGUUUACAGUCCGUUACAGCCUCCCCAUGCCAAGGCAAAACCAACUUGUUGGAGGCGUGAGAAUUGGAAACACAACCGGUUAUUUCUGUUGUGAAACCCAGUGUGCCUGCUCAGACAUGUCUGUGUGUCGUUUGAGUAUACAGAGAAGCCUAAGACCUCCAUUCAGGCAGAAGAGCCUGUGGAGUGGAGUGGACUGUGGGGCUUUACACAAGCCUACAGCAGACAGGAAAUCAGUAAAUCAGCAGAGCAAAGGGACAAUAGCGUGGAGAUUAGAGAUCAGUUAACCCCUCCUCUGUGUGGCCAACUUCUUUGGUCACCAGCAACAACUUCCUUAAUAGAUAUUCAAUCAGUGAACACCAACACAAAAUUUUCUCACAUUUCUCUCUCUCUCCCUCCCUCUCAAACACAUUCCCAUGAACUAAACUGUUCAGCACAUUUCAAUCUUUACUAAUAAUACAUGGAAAAAUUGAGUAGCUCCUGUUUUCCACCUACCUCCCCCACAGGUAAAGGGUGCAGCCAAUCAAACAGCAAAGCUCAACUGUAACACCUAUGACUGUAGGGCAGACUUGCUCUGCGUCAGGAUGGUGGGUUCUUAUGACUUGCAAACUUUCUGAUUUCGGUUUUACUUCACAAAAGCUGAGGUAAAAAUACGAGCAAAUCCUACACCUGGAUGCCCUUGUACUCUGACCUCCUUUAGUUUAUCAUUUACUCAAGGAGAACUUUUCCAAGCAACACACCUGGAGAGAAUUCUGCAGAGCAGGCCGGACUUUACGCUUGCCAAAGAGCUGAAAGCACUCCCUCAAGCUGAGAACGAUGGCAUCAUGCAUUUAGGCUGCAUCACUUCCUCAGGGUUCACAAGGAAGGACAUCUAGCGCCAGCAGGAUGCCGCUUAAAUCGUCAUUGUACAGAAGUCCCUCCUCCAAUCGCUGGCUCACUAGGACCACAAAGAGGAAGGAAGUGCUGUCCAUCGACAUGAUCAGUGAACCCCUCGAUGAUUUCCGCCACAUCACUCACAUUGGGAGCAACGGCCAAAAUGACAGUUUUGGAGACCUAUCCUUCCUCAAGAUGAGUAACACUAUGCUCCGACAAAGCUCCAAGAGCGAGCAAAACCUCUUCGUGAUCUGCAAGCCGCCGCCGCCGAAGCCUCCUCGCCUGAAUCUGGAUGAAACGGCGGGCAUGCAGAGCCCCGAGUGGUCUGUGGACCAGAGGAAGAAGAAGUGCAACUCGUUGCCUCUUCUGGACAGCGAAGAAGAAGAUAAGUUUGAAAACGAGGAAAGUGACGAAAGAAGAAAUAACUUUGCUUCUAAUCAGACUAUCAGGGCCGGACGUGGCAGCGUGGGUUCUGAUAGAGAAGGAGAGUUCACAGGUAGCUGUGACCAGAUUGAUGGAUUUAAUGACGAGGACAGUGGCUUUUCUUUCAAUCUUGACCUAGGCCCUUCGAUCCUGGAGGAUGUUCUCCGGGUGAUGGACAAUCUGCACAACUGAAGAACCUUGAAAAAUCUUCAACGUGAGAGCUUAGUAGGACACUGGAUGGUAGAGAAGAAACUGAACACAACAGCACUCAUGGGACACAACUUUGAUUUGUAUGACCAUGACAAGAUAAGGCACGGAAUAACUUUGCUUCAAAUUCAAUUUGCAGGCCUGGACAAGGCCAGGAUCGGCUCGCUGAGGAACCAGCAGUCUAUAGAAAGCUGGACCAAAUGACAAAGACGGUGGCUUUUCAUUCAGUCAGAAUUUGGACCUUUUAAUCCUGAACAAUGUUCUCCAGAAGAUGGACAAACAACAUAACGGAAUCAAUGUGAGAUAUUAAUCAGUUUUUAGGUGAUGGAUAAGAAUGUCAUUACUUCUUUUGGAGACAUAAUUGUGAUUUUAGUCAGAGGGCCACUUGAUAAAGUGAAGCUUGUCUUCCAUAUUUUGCUGGUACACAAGGUAAUGUGGCUACUUGCUGUAGUGGCACACAAAGAGAAUAUGUCACAAAUGGACACCUUGUUAUUCUAAAGAGGACAUGAAAAAUGGGUUAUGGAACAUCAUGGUAACCAGUGUUUGCCAGCAAUAUAAUGGUAAAGAUAAUAUAUGGACAUUGCUUGACGUCUGGGCAUUUCUUACUUCAUCUACAUUUCCUCUUUACUAUUAUAGACCCCAUACCACACAACACUUGAAGCAGCUGUUAGGAUUUAAGGGUGUAGUGUUUAAAAAAAAAAUAAAAGAAAGCUGAGGCUGAAAUCCAAGGUCCUUGAGCUGUGAUGUCUUGACUCUUGGCGUGCUUGCCUGUCUAUUGUGUGCACAGGGCAAUUUUUCCUCCGCACGCAUCCUGGAGGCCCCACUCGAAGGUAGAGCAAGGUACCCCCCAUUUCUCAUUCCCAGCAGUACAGUGAAAACAAACAUUUAGGUCUGCUUCCAAUAAAAGUCAGCCAGUGGUGGCAGGUUGGGCAGCACACCAAGCCAGGCCACAGGUCCAAGACCUUAUAAGAAGAAAAGAGAUGGCAAGAGCACGCUGUUUUGUUAGCUGCAAAUCAGAGUGCGAUGAUCUGGUGGGUGGCGCUCGAGAAGGAAAGUGGUGACGGGUAACACUAUAUGUCUACACAUGCAAUUGGAGCGGGAGGGGGACCAGAGACAGCCAUUACUUCAGCAGAGGUCCUGAUGAGGAUUUAAACACAACCUUCUGAGCAAAUACAUGCUGCAUCUCACGUAUAUGCAUUGCAUUUGUUCUCACAUCAACUAAAAUCGGGAUUUGUGCAGACAAUUGUGGUCCACUUUCCUUGGUUUAUACUUUAGUGGGGGGUUGACAGGACGAUCUUUGAGACUAGCCCUGAACCAGUUAAAUUCUUUUGCACCCUAAAAAGGUCACUCUGGGGAAACACUCAAACCACAAAUGUCCCGCUUCAAGCAAUAGAUUUAUAAAUAUAUGCAUGUCCAAAGAGAAACCGCGUUAUUUUUGGAUUACUCUGCAUUGUUUGUCUGUGUUAGUGCCUGCAGUCUUUCACUGGAUAUCUCUGUUUCUUGUACAUGUUAUGACAAACGUUAUUGUGAAAGCCUUUUAGAAUUGUAAAAUCUACCAUUCUGUACUUUGGCUGGGUGGGCAAAAAAAAAAAAAAAAAAAUCUACUGCAUUGAAAUUCCUCCAUUGGUGGUUUUGUGGAUAAACAUGUACUUGGCUUCUCAGCACAUGAAGCCAAAAUGGA